AUGAGGUUGCUAAUUUUUUCCUUUGGGUUUCUUGUCGUAUUUGUUGAAAGCGAGGCUAUCAAACAAUGUCUGUGUAAACCUUACGAGAAAUGCCUGAUGAAAAAAGGUGUCGGAAGUGAACCCGUGGAUAAAUGCUUUUCGAAAUGUGAGAAAAUCUUCCCCACAUGCAGUUUUGUUUCAUGUAUGCGACAGUUCAUCCCGGACUUUAAUAAAAUCAAGCAGUGCUCCUAUUCGGCAAUGUAUGGAUUCAGAGGAUGUACAUCUCAAAAAAUGAAUGUUCUCGGUGAAAGAAGUAUGGAAGAAUUUCGGGAUAUUAUGAUAUCCACAGUUGAAGAGAAUAUUGGAGAUUUUGACGAGACCCGAGAAUUCAUGAACAAAAAAGCGGCUCGCCAAGCGGAAUGCGUCUUCGAAUGCCUUUAUCCUGGCCGUAAUUACUGUACCCGAAAACUGAAAUGCGAUGUUUAUCUGCCGCCAGAAGACGAGUUCUUCAAAAGCUUCUAUUCGUGUGCCCAAGAGAAGCAGCUCUUCAGUAAAUCUGAGCAAAUGUAUGCGUGUAUUUCCAAAUUAUUUGUGACAAGUGACAAGGAGGAACCGAAUCGACGACGAUCGUGA